AUGCCGUGGACACAGGUAUCAGACACCCGCUGGGAACGUCCACUCGAUGGACUAGAGGCCUACUUUGUCAUAAUCGCAAACAUGUCUGCUAGUAUGUGUGAUGGGAGAGAACACUACACACUCUUUUCUUCCCUCAAGCUUGAGAUUAACUCUUUGGAUGUGAUAUCUGAUCUUCGAAACGCGUGGAAGCAAUUGCGUUUCGAACAACCUCAAAUCGCUACGACGAUCGAGGAUAUGAAGAGAGUUUAUACCCUUCCCAACGAGGAGUCCUUAGAGAAGUGGCUCACGGGCACUUUUGUCGUAUCCGAUGCGUGCAGUGCCGAAGAGAUGCAACAGUCUAUCGAGCCAAUCAAACAAACAACACUUUACUAUAUCCCAGCGUCCUCGGAAAUCGUCCUCCGUGGACAUCACUAUACUUUUGAUGGCACAGGCAUGGAGAUGAUCUGCCACAGCUUCCUUGAAGCGGUUGCACACCCCGAGAACAAUAUUACCUUCGGCGAUGAACAUACCCGACUUCCUCCAAUCUUGGAAGAGGUAUUGGGAUUCUCUGAAGAGUCCACCAGUGCGAAAGAAAGGGCAGAGGAAUUACUUGGGUACUAUCUAAGUAAUCAACCUGCCAUAGGCCCUGUUUCAAAACUUGGCACAGCUCCUGCUGGAAAUUGCCAGCACGCGGAACUCGUGUUCUCAUCUGACACCACCGCUCUUUUGGUGAAGGUUUGUCAUUCCAAAGGCAUUAGUGUCACGUCUGCGGUCCACGCGGCUUAUGUACGUGUGAUGAUGGAGCAUGCAGACCCUGAAUCCAAUCAAUUCCGGUAUACUUCGAUGAACCAGUUUAACCUUCGACCAUACCUACCCGCACCCUACAGCACGAGUGAAUAUGCAGCAUCGGUGUACUACGCUCCCCACCCGCAUAAGGUCGACCUCCCUUCUUCUUACUGGGAUCUUGUUGAGUCAUUCAACAAAUACUACAAGACUUUCGAGCACGACCCGGGAGCUUUGGAGAUGACUGGCUACUUUAAGCGUGGUAUGCGAGAUGUUGUCUCAAAUCCAGAGUUCCUGAAGGCUCCUCCGCCCAAGGAUGCUCUUGUUAGCAGUCUAGGGGUCGUUGAGCGGUUCAUCAACCGUGGGUACGAGGGAGUCAAAGUCAGGGACUUCAAGUUUGGGGCGGACAUUGUGCUAGGCAUGUCUAUGCUGUUCUUUUACACGUUUCAGGGGAAGUUCAGGCUGGUGCAUAGUUUCAAUGAUGCCUACGAGAACCCUGAAGAUAUUCAGAUGUAUUUGGGAAGGAUACAACGGAAUCUUGUACAGGAACUGCGCCUAUAG